GCGCGGGCCGCUAGACUCGGGCAAACCCCAGCCGCGCAGGGUGCCGCGCGCAGUCCAGCCCGUCCCUGCCCUACCCUGCCCUGCUCGGCGCGGUAGGCGUGAUGUGAGCGCCCGAGGUCCCGAGGUCCCCGUGCACGCCAGCUCCGCGCAGCCAGCGCCAGCAUGCGCUAGGAACGUUUCGUGCUGAUUGAAGGCGGGACCGGACAUUCAACUCAUCUCUGCGUCCCCAUUGUCCAGCACGGUGCCUGACACACAGUAGCCCUCCUGAGGAGGAGGCCGGGCCCCAGGACAAGAUGGCGGCCAAACAGCCCCCCCCUCUCAUGAAGAAGCACAGCCAGACGGACCUCGUGAGCCGCCUGAAGACCCGCAAGAUCCUCGGUGUGGGCGGGGAGGACGACGAUGGGGAGGUGCACCGCUCUAAGAUCAGCCAGGUCUUGGGCAAUGAAAUCAAGUUUGCUGUCCGGGAGCCUUUGGGACUGAGGGUCUGGCAGUUUGUCUCUGCUGUGCUCUUCUCCGGCAUUGCCAUCAUGGCCCUUGCCUUCCCUGACCAGCUGUAUGAUGCGGUCUUUGAUGGAGCCCAGGUGACCAGCAAGACCCCCAUUCGCCUCUACGGGGGUGCCCUCCUCAGCAUCUCCCUGAUCAUGUGGAAUGCCCUCUACACGGCCGAGAAGGUCAUCAUUCGAUGGACUCUGCUCACCGAGGCCUGUUACUUCGGGGUCCAGUUCUUGGUGGUCACUGCCACACUGGCUGAGACGGGCCUCAUGUCCCUGGGGAUCCUGCUGCUCCUGGCCAGCCGCCUCCUCUUUGUUGCCAUCAGCAUUUACUACUAUUACCAAGUUGGCCGAAAACCCAAGAAAGUCUAGCGGACCACUGGGCUGGGGCCCCCAUGGGGCAGGGCAGCCCUGGGCCUCGGUUUCCCUUUGGUCCACGGAAGGCAGGAAGGACCCUGCCCUGCCCCGGGCAGAGAGGCAUGGCCGCCGCCCUUUCGUCCUGGGCCCUUCCCGAGCACUGCGAUCUGGGCUCUCAGGUCUGGGGAAGCACUGGGCCUCUGCCCCCUGCUCUUCGCCCCACACAGUGACGCCUCCUUCCCCUGGGCCUCUGGGCCUGUGGAUCCCUGGACAGUGUGACUGAAGAGCCUGCAUCACGGGCGAGCGGACUGAGGCGCGGCCCCUGCCCCUUCUGCCCGCAGGCUCUUCUGUCUUUGAGAGAGGCUGUGGGCCGCCUCCUUGACCUUCCCCUUCACUCCCAGCCAAUCUAGUGCCCAAGCAGCUAAACUUGGCUUCUGUCUAUGCCUGGAAAACCCAAGAAUUUGACCUUCUGUCUCUACUCCUUGUUGUGGCCCUCCCCAUGUGUGUGGGGGCCUUUCUCCACCUCCGGACUCACACACCUGCCCUCCCCACGGCCCAGCUGCCGGCCAGCGGGCAGAGGCGGCCGUCUCUGAGCUGGCACUUGCCUUUCAGCCCUCCGGUCAGGUGGG